GACUUGCAGAAUGUUAAGCAAAUGAUAACUAAAGAAUAUGAACUGUUUGAAUUCCGGCAGACUGAGGUUCCUCCCUUGCUACUUAUUUUAGAUUGCUGCAAUGAUGCCAUCACCCCAUUGCUAAACCAGUGGACAUAUCAGGCCAUGGUCCAUGAACUACUGGGCAUAAACAACAAUCGGAUUGAUCUUUCCAGAGUGCCAGGGAUCAGUAAAGACAUGAGAGAGGUGGUCCUAUCUGCUGAAAAUGAUGAAUUCUACACUAACAAUAUGUACCUGAACUUUGCUGAGAUUGGUUGCAACAUAAAGAAUCUCAUGGAAGACUUUCAGAAGAAGAAACCAAAAGAACAGCAAAAACUAGAAUCAAUAGCAGACAUGAAGGCCUUUGUUGAGAAUUACCCACAAUUCAAGAAGAUGUCUGGGACUGUAUCAAAGCACAUGACAGUGGUUGGAGAGCUGUCUCAGUUGGUCAGUGAGUGGAAUCUGCUGGAGGUUUUGGACGUUGAGCAAGAACUGGCCUGUCAAAAUGACCAUUCUAGUGCUCUCCAGAAUGUAAAGAGGCUCCUGCAGAACCCCAAAGUAACAGAGUUUGAUGCGUGCAGCCUGGUGAUGCUUUAUCCUCUACAUUAUGAGCGACACAGCAGCAAUAGCCUACCAGUUAUGAUGGACCUUAGGAAUAAAGGUGUUUCUGAGAAGUAUCGAAAGCUUGUGUCUACAGUUGUUGAAUAUGGUGGUAAACGGGUCAGAGGAAGUGACCUCUUCAGCCCCAAAGACGCUGUGGCUAUUACCAAACAUUUCCUCAAAGGAUUGAAGGGAGUAGAAAAUGUAUAUGCUCAGCAUCAGCCUUUCUUACAUGAGAACCUGGACCAUCUCAUCAAAGGAAAGCUUAAGGAAAACCUGUAUCCUUAUCUAGGCCCCAGCACACUCAGAGACAGACAUCAGGAUAUCAUUGUGUUUAUAAUUGGAGGAGCCACCUAUGAAGAGGCUCUAACAGUUUAUAACCUGAACCGCACCACUCCCGGAGUGAGGAUUGUCCUGGGGGGAACCACUGUGCAUAACACGAAAAGAUUCCCAGAUGAAGUUCUUGCUUCUGGACUGCACAGCCGAAGCAAGGACAGCUCUCAAGUUACAUCAAGGUUAGCAAGCAGAAGAUGAAAUGGUGAUAGAGAGGUAGCCUGCUGAUUCCUGAACUGUUGGCACAGACACCAAGACUCCAGUGGUGAGUUGAGAAUAAGUCUGAGCCCAUUCCAAC